AUGAUUAAAAAAAUUGUGUUACUUUUACUUCUACUAUACUUCUGUAUGGCUUAGCAGUAGCAGCAAUAAUAUGAUUUUAUUUAUUAGUAAAAUCAAAUGUCUUCUUAGCUGUUCAAAAAUUCCUAACUGAACAUUCUCUAGAUGAAAUCAAGCUCACUCUACACUGUUGUUGCAGCAGGAUAAUCUGGUUUGUGGUGGAUAAAUAAUACUUCUACUUAAUUAAUAGAAUCAGCUACUGUGAGCCUUAAAAAUUAAGAUUAGGUAAGCGCUCUUGCUAUUACAGCUGAUGGAAAUUAUCUGCUAAAUAAUUACUAAAACAAGCUUUCACUCUUUAAGGUCAAUCCAAAUGAUUUUUCUAUGACUUUACUGAGAUAGGGAUAAAACUCGCUAGCUAUCACUGACAUAUUUUUAACAAGUAAUGAAAAAAUAGCUAUUAUUGUUGGUGAAAAAGGUUCUGUAAUAGCAUAUGACAUUUGGUCUAAAACUCCUAAUCAACCACUAUUGAUUCUAAGCUAAUAUAACUCCUAAACUAACAUAUUGGCUUACAUAACUCUAUCAAGCGAUAUGUAAUGGCUUUAUAUAGCAGACUAAUUUUUAGGAGCCACCAUCUUGAAACUUACUUAUGCAGAAAAUUAAGAUGGGUCUAUAAAAACUUUUAAUAUGAAUUUAGCAGGCUAAGUUGGUGGUUUAUAUUUUGUUGCAUAAGUAUAAGCAACUAACGACAACUAAUAUCUUUACGCUUUGGAUAGAUGGUACGGUGUUCAAAUUAUAUCUCUUUCCCCUCUAAUUUCUGCUAAACCUUCUUCUUAUCCUGUUUAAUUAAAGAUAACUUAACUUUUUUGGCCAUAUACUGAUAUGAAUCCUGUUUUUAUGGGUGCUUUAAUAUCUUCUGACUCUAAUUAUCUGAUCAUCUCCGUGAGAUCCUAAGGUCUUAUCGCCUUUGAUAUUAGCAAUAGACUUAAUCCUACUUAUUACUAUUAGAUUAAGAUUCCUGGUAUCCCUCAAUAUAUAGCUUUUACACCUUUAUAAUCAUAAAUAUAUUACACUGAUGGCACAUAAAUGAUAGUAUAUGAUAAAGUCUAGUCUAAUCUAAAUGAUGAUUUCCCUAACCUAUUCAAUGGUCACUAAUCAAAUUUGAAAGUUUUCAGCUAAGCCUACUACUAAUGGAGAUGUUACAUAACUCCAGAUACACAAUGGAUGCUUGUACCCGAAACCGGAAAUGUUAAUAUUUUAAGCAUCCCCAAUUCUGAUCCAUAUUAAAUUACCUUAUCAGGAGUAAUCAAAAAAUCAGGAAAAACUCGUACCUGCAACCUUGAGUUUUCAAGUGAUUUUAGAUAUAUGUAUCAACCAGUUAAUUAUAAUAUUAACACAAUAGACAUUUAUGAUUUGAAUACUUUAGCUUCAAAUUCAUAAUCUAUGGCAAUAACGAGUAGUCUUAAUGUUGCAUCACCAUAAAGAAAUGAGAAUAUAUCCUUUAGCAAAGAUCAAAAACUUUUAGUAUAAACAUUCGCAUAAGGAAUAUAAAUUAUAGACUCAUCAGAUAUUUUAAAUCUGAAAAUACUGACUACUUGGAAUGUACCUCUAGUAUUAAACGGGUUUCCUGGUUCUGUGGGUAUUAGCCAUGAUAAUAAGUGGGUUAUUAUAGCAAUGAGAAAUGUUGGUAUGUAUUUGUUUCUAGACAUCACAGAUCCUAAAAACCCUGUCUUAUAGAAUUAAAUAACCACAAACGGAGGAGAAUAAGUAGUAAUUUCAGGUUUGUAUAAUUUAGCCUACUUAUGCGAUGGCUCUAAUGGUCUAGCUAUUCUUGAUAUAUCAUAUUUACCUAAAAUAAAAAUAAUUAGCAGAAUUGCUAUCGACGGAUGGGCAAAUUAAUGUAAUCUAUUUUAGAAUGAAGAUUUCAUGCUUAUAUCUUCAAUGGAUUAUGGAAUGAUUACUCUAGUGAAUCUAUUAGACAAAUAAAACCCUGUAGUUUACAGUAAAUACUAAGAAAGCACCUAGCAAUCUUUUGGUAACUGCUAUUUUAAAGAUUUAUCUUAUGGUUUUUCAAUAAGCUAAUAUGGAUUAAGAAUUUUCCCUUUGAAAUCUCAAAUAAAAAUCCAUUCCUCAUUUAUAGACAUAACAAGUUCAAAUUCAAAUCCAAAAACUGUUGGUAAAUCAUCUAAUUUAUUGGUUGGCUAACAAAUAUAACUAUAGUUAAUGAUGCUUUAUGCAGUAGAAGGUUCUCAAAUAACAAAUGUGUACUAUUAUAGUAAUUACUAAAUGAAUUCUCUCCCCUAUUGGAUAAACUUUGUAAAGAGCUAAGGAUCUAUAUUAAUAAAUGUUGAUAAAUCUUCUAUAGAUCCUUCAAAUAUUUCAGGAUCCUUUUUAAAUACUCUCAUAGUAUAAGUUUCUGUUCCUAUUACUGCACAAAGCUUUAUCUAUGAUGGAUUAACAAAUUCUGCAUAGAGCUAAGCUAUCUACAAUUAUUAUUAGUAACUUGGAUUUAUCGAUGGGGAUAAUUUAGUUACACCUAUCUUUAAUCCUAACAUGCCCAUCUCUUUUAAUGUUGUUUAGCUGUCUAACCCUUAGCAAAAUUAGCAGCUUUAUGACAAAGUUAAAUUGACACUUUAAAGAGGUAUAUAUUAUAAUCCCAUUCUCUUUUACACUGCACAAUCAUUAAAGUUUGAUUUUAUGAACAAGCAGUAAAUGAUACAAACUUAUUCUUCAACAGUUCAAGUUAGCAUUACUGUUACUAAUCCUAUUAUGGGCAUUUUUGUGAACAUGCCUUAUUCAGGCGUAAUUGUUUCAAUAUCAACUUCACAGAAUUAGAUAGUAUUAUAAGGUCCUUUAUCUAAUCUUAAUAAAAUCCUACAAAAUAAAAUAUUUUUCUCUGAGAAAUCACCUCUUCUUAGUCAGGUAACUGAUAACGGACAACCUUAAGGAUUUAUUCUUUAUAUUGAUGAUGGAAUCAACUAUAGCCAACAGUAUACAAUAAUGCUACAAGAUGCUAUUUCUAGUUUCAUACAUAUUAAAAGUGAGGUAUAGUUAUAACCUAGUUAUUUAUUAUAGUAGUAAGUUAAUGACAAAUAUAGCGGAGCUAAUGUUCCUGUAAUAGAUGAAGUAUCGCUAGAAUUUUUACCUCAAACUUUCUCAGAUUAAGAUGGAUUUUAAUUAAGUUUUUCAGCUUAUUAAAAAUAAAGUGAUGAUACUUUCAUUGAAUUAAAGAGUGAUUAUUGGUUUAAAUUUUCUAAUUAUCAACUAAGAUUUUAUGGAAAUGCUCCUAAAGAUCUUUUAAAUACUAGUGUUACAUUAAAAGUAGUUGCAACUGAUGGUUACACUACGGUGUCUGAUGUUUUUACUAUCAAUUUAAAUUAGUUGCCAUUAUAGUACGUGCUGAAUUUGAUUGUAUCCAUACUAACACCACUGCUCAGUAUCUUGGGUAUUUAUAAGUAUCGUUAUGUGAUUGUCAAUUUUUUAAACUACAAUAAUACAAUUUACUCUAAAGAGACUGUUAAAACUAAUUAAGUUUAUUAUAAAAUAAUUCCACUGCUUGGAAAAAACCUUUAAAAAUCUAAGAUGAUGGUCUAGCAGUUUAUACAUCAUAUUUAAUAGCAAAAGUUCAACUCAGAAUAUUAAAAUUAAUAACAAAAUGUUCCAGAAGCAAUAAAGGAAAGUAAAAUUGUUGAAUUGUUAUUAAAAGAAAACCCAACAAAACAUGAAAGAUCUAACAAAGAGAUGGAAGCUUACAUAAAUAAGUAAAACAACAUGUAAAUGACAGACCUGCAUAAAAAAAUUGUUUAGAAGUUAACUAAAGUGUCCAUAGAUAAUAACAUAAAAUCAUAAGUAUUUAGUAAAAUUUGUAACAAAGAUGGCAUUGUUGAUAUGCAAAAGGUAUUAGAAAUAAUAGAGAAUAAUAUAAUAGAAUAUAAAUUCAAUGGAAAAAAAAUGAAGAUAUCAGAUGAUAUACAAGAGCUGAAAGAUUCCUCUAGUAUGCUCCAUAUUUGUGUGUUUUGCUUGUUAUCAAGGUUCAUUCUAAGCUUGAACUCUGAAUUAUCCUUCUUCUAUGAAUAUUUGAAAUAGUAUUCUGUUGCAUUAAAGUUUUAUUAUCCAAAUGACUGGUACAAAAACUAUAUAACCUUUAAUUAUGCUCUGAAUGAAUAAGAAUAAUAAAAUAUUGAUGACAUCAGCCAAAAGAAUAUUUUAAGUUUAUUUUAAUUUAAAGACGAUUUCAUAAAGCUUGCUCUUGAAUCAUUAAAGCAAUCUCCUUAGUAUUCUGAAGUAGAAUAAAAAUUUAAAUACAAAAAUAUCAAUCAUAAUAUUUUGAAGCAAGUACUAAUUGCUGAUGCUUUAGGAAUUGAUAGUUAACCUAUUUUCCGCUAUAAAAAAUGUUUAGGAGAAUCACUAUUAAUCGAUUUUUCUAAUAUUUAAUCGAUAGAGGCAUACAAAAAAAGUGGAUAAACUAAUAGCUGUUGUUAAAGAAAAUCUUAGUUCAACUAUACUUAAUAUGGUUUAUUUUCUAAUCUAAAGCUUCCAUAUUGGAUGUAGAUAAUAAACAAAUAAGAUUUGAUUAUUCUCUAAGGUAAACCUUCAUUGGAUGAUGUAGACAGUCUUCAAAUCAGAAUUAUUGAUAACAAAAAUUAUAUUAUCAAGAGUUAUAAUCUUGAUAUUUUGGUUUAGGACAAUAUUUAAGUGACAAAAAUCAAUUAAUUUUAGAAACAAAAUAGCAAAGACUUUAAUAGUUCUAAUAACAUACUUACAACGGCUGAUAGACCAAUAAGGUUGUUAAAUUUUAAUCAAAAUAAAAGAUAAAUCAGUUAGUUUGAAAAUUAUUCACUCAAUACUUAUAUUGGCAGCAAUGAUGAUGAGAUUAUUGAAAAUAUGAAUUUAUGUUCUGAGGCAUCUCCUCAAUAGAAAAGCUUAUUGAAUAAAAAUGUCGAAGUAAAAAUUAAGAUUGAUGAAGACCACAAUAGUAUUUAUGCCUCAAAGCGUAUCAAGUAAAAAUCAGAAAUUUGA